CAAAUUUUUAAGUUCACUCGAAAACCUAAACCGCUCUUUUUCUUCUCUUCUUCUUCUCAAAAAUUCUGCAGACGACAAAUUUUCCGCAAAUCAGCCAUAAGCUGGAAAUUCGGAUUAACUGCAAGAUUAAAGUGUGCUAAUUUAACGAAAUGGCGAAUAGCAAGUACGAAUAUGUGAAGUCAUUUGAGGUGGAUGAUGAAAUCAUGCUGCCCAACACCAUCAUUGUCCGUGUUCAUGCCCGUGAUUUCUGCAGGUUUUCUGAAGUGCAUGAGUUUGAGAAACCAAAUGAUAAGAAAGCAUUGGAGUUGAUGAAUGAGUGUGCCAAUGCUGUUUUGGAGCAGUUUCCAGAUGUUAUAUUCUCGUAUGGUUUCAGUGAUGAGUACAGUUUCAUAUUCAAAAAGGAAACCAAGUUCUACCAGCGGCGUGGCAGCAAGAUACUCUCUCUUAUUGUGUCUUUCUUUUCAUCCACUUAUGUUACUAAGUGGAGGGCUAUUUUCCCUCAGAAAGAUUUGAAAUGUGCCCCUUCAUUUCGGGCUCGAGUUAUUUUCUGUGCAUCUAUGGAGGUUCUUCAAGCAUAUCUGUUAUGGCGACAAUAUGAAUGUCACACAAAUAAUCAGUAUAAUACUUGUCUUUGGCAGCUGAUUAAAAGUGGGAAGAGUAAAGAGGAAGCACAAGCCACAUUGAGGGGGUCUCUUAAACAAGACAAAAAUGAAUUGCUUUACCAGUGUUUUAACAUCAACUACAAGAAAGAUAUUCCGGAGAUGUUUCGCCAAGGUACAUGCACUCUCAAGACAGAGGUUGAAGAUAUUGUGAAGUACAAAGAUGAUGGCUUCCCUGUCAAAAGAACUAGGAGGAAAGUCUUAAGAGUUCACUCAGAAAAUAUUGCAUCAAAAAGAUUCUGGAAGGAAAAAUCGUGUCUCUCGAAAGAAGAGCUGGACCAAUUUUGUGAUAAUUUGAACAAAACUAGACCUGAAUAUGUCAAAUCUUUCCAAUACGAGAGCAGAUUGAUGUUGUCCACCUGGAUCGUUGUUCGCAUUGAUGGCUGUCAUUUCCACAGGUUUUCCGACAUUCAUGAAUUUGAGAAGCCAAAUGAUGCACAAGCUCUCAAUCUAAUGAAUGCAUGUGCUGUUGCUGUACUGGAAGAGUUUAGGGAUGUUGUUUUUGCUUACGGUGUUAGUGAUGAGUACAGCUUUGUUUUGAAGAAAGACUCCCAGUUAUAUCAAAGAUGUGCCAGUGAGAUAGUUUCUUCUGUUGUAUCUUUCUUUUCUUCAACGUACACGAUGAGAUGGAAUGAGUUUUUCCCGCAAAAAGAGAUGAAACACCUACCAUAUUUUGAUGGUCGUGCUGUUUGCUACCCAUCCAGUGAGAUCAUUAAGGAUUAUCUUGCAUGGAGACAAGUUGAUUGUCACAUCAACAAUCAUUACAAUACUUGCUUCUGGUUGCUCGUGAAAUCCGGAAAGAGCAAGAGCGAUGCACAAAGUGAUUUGAAGGGGACUCAAACUCCGGAGAAAAAUGAAAUUCUUGAUAGACUCACUGGAAUCCUCAACUAUUACAGCACAUUACCACCGAUGUUCUGCCUGGGAUCGUCUGUUUUCUGGGACAAAGAGACGAAGAUGGUGGACAACGAAGAAGGUGGUGCUACUGGCAAGUCGCGCAGGAUACUUGUUGUAGGACAUUGCAACAUAAUCGAGACAGGCUUCUGGGAAGCGCACCCUCAGAUACUAGACGAGAAGGUGGAUCGUUUUAAAUCGGUUCAAAUGGCCAACGGCAAGAAUGAUCUGCCAUGAAACUUCCUCGGUGGCAAAUUUUGAAAUUUCACUGCUUAAUAUAUGCAUGAUUAGAGUUGAUUCAUUUCUGCUUUCGGAAAAAUCAGUUAGUAUACAUGUUUGUUUUUGGCACACUCAUCAUAAUUUAAUCUGUUACUAAACUUGAUGGAAGUUUAUUUUUUUUUGCCUCG